AAACUGGGUAGAAAACUCGGGAGAAAACUCGGGAAAAACUCGGUAGAAAACUUGGGAAAAACUGGGGAAAAAACUCGGUAGAAAACCACAAGUAUUGGCCGGGAUAUAAUGAGGCGGGAGAGAUGAAGGAUGAAAGGGUAUGAAGAAGGUUAAAUGGAUUCAGAUAAAUCUUAUCCUUGGCAUUCUCCUAGUUAACCCCACUCAGGGUUCAGCGGAUCAGCUAAAAUGUUACACAGAUAAACAGGGUCUCAAAUUUGCCUGGUGUGAGAAGCAACUAAAGACCUGCUACACAAAAUUUGAUAAUAAGGGUUUAGUCAUGGGACGUGGUUGCUCGAGCCGGCCCGGUGUUUUCCAUACACAAUGUGACAGCCAUGUUGGAUCGGAUCACAAGGAGAUAUUCUGCUACUGCAGCUACAGUCUGUGUAAUGGCGUGGGUGCGAGCCAAACCAAACAUAUCCCGUGGUUUUCCGCCAUCUUGUUUUCGUUGUUGCAUGUAACUGUUUCAUGGGCAUAAAUUUAUGCUCAAAUAAAUCAUGAAAAAUUUUAA